CUGCUUUCCUGGGAGACAUCGCCCUGGACGAGGAGGAUCUGCGGCUCUUCCAGGUGGAGCGGGUGGUGGACCUGGCCCGGCACAGCAUCACCCGCCUGCCCACCAACUCCUCGGGCAGCAAUGCCACCCGUGCCAACCCCCGGCGGAGCCGCCGAGCGGCCACGUCCCGGCCGGAGAGAGUGUGGCCAGAUGGGGUCAUUCCCUACGUCAUCAGUGGCAACUUCAGCGGCAGCCAGCGAGCCAUCUUCCGGCAGGCCAUGCGGCACUGGGAGAAGCACACCUGUGUCACCUUCCUGGAACGGAAUGAUGAGGACAGCUACAUUGUCUUCACCUACAGACCCUGUGGGUGCUGCUCCUACGUGGGCCGCCGAGGAGGGGGACCCCAGGCCAUCUCCAUUGGCAAGAACUGUGACAAGUUUGGCAUCGUGGUGCACGAGCUGGGCCACGUCAUCGGGUUCUGGCACGAGCACACGAGGCCCGACCGGGACGACCACGUCUCCAUCAUCCGGGAGAACAUCCAGCCAGGGCAGGAGUACAACUUCCUGAAGAUGGAACCAGAAGAGGUGGAGUCCCUGGGGGAGACCUACGACUUUGACAGCAUCAUGCACUACGCCAGGAACACCUUCUCCAGGGGCAUCUUCCUGGACACCAUCCUGCCCAAGUACGACAUCAACGGGGUCCGUCCUGCCAUCGGGCAGAGGACAAGGCUCAGCAAAGGGGACAUUGCCCAGGCCCGCAAGCUCUAUCGCUGCCCAG